CUGACGCACUUCCGGAAGGCGGCAAGAUGGCGGCGCCCAUGGAAGUAGCGGUCUGCACGGACUCAGCGGCGCCGCUGUGGAGCUGCGUGGUGUGGGAGCUGCACUCGGGCGCCAACCUGCUCACCUACCGCGGCGGCCAGGCAGGCCCUCGCGGGCUGGCGCUGGUGAACGGCGAGUACCUGCUGGCGGCGCAGCUGGGCAAGAACUACAUCAGCGCCUGGGAGCUCCAACGCAAGGACCAGCUCCAACAGAAGAUCCUGUGUCCCGGCCCCGUCACUUGCCUGACCGCCUCCCCCGACGGCCUGUACGUGCUGGCAGGCAUCGCCGAGAGCCUCUACUUGUGGGAGGUAUCCACGGGCAACCUGCUGGUCAUCCUGAGCCGGCACUACCAGGACGUCACGUGCGUGCAGUUCUCGGGGGAUGGCAGCCACUUCCUGUCGGGGAGCAAGGACUGCCUGGCGCUGGCCUGGAGCCUCUGCAGUGUGCUGCAGGCUGACCCCUCCCGGCCCCCUGCCCCCCGCCACGUGUGGACCCGCCACACCCUCCCCAUCACAGACCUGCACUGCAGCGUCGGGGGGCCCUUGGCCCGAGUGGCCACCGCCUCGCUGGACCAGACUGUGAAGCUCUGGGAGAUGUCCUCGGGAGAGCUGCUGCUGUCUGUCCUCUUCGACGUGGGCAUCAUGGCAGUGACCAUGGACCUGGCCGAGCACCACAUGUUCUGCGGGGGCAGCGAUGGCUCCAUCUUCCAGGUGGACCUCUGCGCCUGGCCCGGCCAGAGAGAGAAGAGCUUCCGCCCCGAACAGGACGCCGGGAAGGUCUUCAAGGGACACCGGAACCAGGUGACCUGUCUCUCGGUGUCCACUGACGGCACGGUGCUGCUGUCUGGCUCCCACGACGAGACGGUGCGGCUCUGGGACGUUCAGAGCAAGCAGUGCAUCCGCACGGUGACGCUCAAAGGCCCAGUCACCAACGCUGCCAUCAUGCUGGCCCCCGUGGGCAUGCUGAGCUCCGACUUCAGGCCCAGCCUGCCCCUCCCGCACUUCAACAGGCACCUGCUAGGGGCGGAGCACGGGGACGAGCGCCACCGUGGGGGCCUCACCCUGCGCCUGGGCCUCCACCUGCAGGGGGCAGAGCCCAGCUGCCAGGAGCGAGGGGAGCAGCUGCAUGAGGUCAUGUGCUCCGCGAUGGAGAAGAGCGUGCUGGGGGGCCCGGACCGGCUGCGCAUCAGGGUGACAGAGCUGGAGGACGAGGUGCGCAACUUGCGGAAGAUCAACCGCGACCUGUUCGACUUCUCCACACGCAUCAUCACGCGGCCGGCCAAGUGAUGCGGCUGUGGUUCCCGGGAGUAUAGACCGUGGGCGGGCGGGCGGGGCGGACCCCUCUGGUUUUCUAACAA